AUGCUUGGCCUCAUUUUGUUAGUGAUUGGGCUAAUUGAGGCUCAACUCCUCAAUCAAGCCAUCCCACUCGAGACAACCAAAGGCACUGUUUUAGGAGAAGUUGUUGAGUCAUCAGGCACUUGGGGACAAGUCUUUGAAUCGAUUCCUUUUGCUAAGCCGCCUAGUGGAGAGCUUCGAUUUGAGUUACCGGAGCCUCGUGAUCCAUGGAAAGGUGUGUUGGAUGUGAGAAAUCAAAGCGCUUGCUAUCACUAUUUGAGAUUUUCUGAAAAAUUACCUCUUCUCUUUUGGAUUCACGGUGGUGGCUUUAGGGUUGGUGGAAAGUAUUAUUACGAGAAUUCGGGAAUCUUGCGAAAUGUCGCCUCAAAGCGCAUCGUUUUCGCUUCAGCCGAUUAUCGGAUGGGAUUCGAGGGCUUUGUUGCCACUCGUUCAAACGAUAUGCCCGGAAAUUUGGCACUAGAAGACGUCGCUCUUGCACUCAAAUUUUUGAGGGAAAAUGCGGACUCAAUGGGCUUUGAUGUGAAUAAUAUUAUUGUCGCUGGUGAGAGUGCGGGUGGGACAAUGGCUGGGAUUUUUGGUGUGAGUCCAAGGUUAAAAGGUGAAAUCCACGCAGCAAUGCUAUUCUCUGGAUUUGCCAGUGGACCUCUAGCGAUCAGUACCGAUGAGACGGCUCCAAAAACUUGCUAUGACAACAAGGCCACUGUUGACUACUUUUUCACACCGAUUCUCGACAAAUUCCGGUGUCAGAUGUCUUUCAUGCCGGAAAAUACGACAACAGAAAUGGUCAAG